AAAUUUUUGGUGAAAUUCUAUUAAAAUUAUACAAUUAAAACAAAAUUGAUAAAAAAUAUUAAAAAUAAAUUUCAAAAAAUCUUUUUGGCGGUCUAAAUUCGAUUUCACUGGUUAUGGACAAAAUUAAGCCAACAAAUUCAACAAGAGUCUCGAAAUAUACGGGAACUAGGGGAAAGCACGCUUUCGAUUCCGAAAAAAAGCAAAAAACUUACGAAACGGAAACACAACAAAGAAGAGAACGCGAGUUUAGAGACGACCACAGAAGUGGAAGAACCGAUCAUCACCAUAAGACGGAGCGGGUAAGCCGAAGAGAUCGUGAAGAAAAUAGUCACCAUGAAUGCAAGUGUGAACGAUAUUCCCGAAGUGAUGUUGAAUAUAGAGAAGGGCUUGACACCAACAGCGCGUGUGAGCUAAGAAACGAGUGUUUGGUGUGCUCAAAGGGUUUAAGAAAUGAGAAAGAAGUUAAAAGUGAACGUUUAUCAAAUGACAUGAAACGGGCGAAAGAUAUGAAGGAAAGUAAACAAAACAAUAAUGAAAAAGCUAAUACUGAUAACAAAAUCCUUCUGAAAGAAAUCAAAGAACUCAUUAUGCGUGCGCUCGAAUGCGAGCUCGACGGCCACUUAUUGGAGGCACGCAUGCUGUACGAAGAGAGUCUCACUAAAUUACAUAUCUGUACAACCACUGAAAAAAAUGAAGAGUUUUCUGAGAGCUAUAGAAAAUAUCUUGGUAGUUAUGAAAAACACGUUCAACGUUUACGCGAUCAAAUCGAACAGAACAUGUUUGGCUGCAAGAUAAUUGAGCAUAUCGCCAUACCCGAGGGUACACGCGGUCGUAGUUAUGAAAAACUAAUCGGUCGUUACUUGAACGACAAAGUGACGCUCGUACAUAUUUACGAGCCAUAUCUCACGCAGAGCACUCAUUUGGAGCAUUUGAUAAAUUUCAUUGAAGUUUUAGUGAAAAAUUGUUCCAAUUUAAUGUUUGUACGCAUAAUAACACGCGCCAGUCCCAAAUUGAGUAAACUACAAUCGGAAGUGUUGCGUGAUGUGCGCGAAGAGUUGCAAAGUGGAAAUAUUUCGUUUAACUUCCAGUUUGAUGAGGAACUAAAGAAGUCUCGUAUUGUUCUAAGUACUGGUGUGGUGAUAUGCUGUAGACGUGGCUUACAUAUUUAUAAGCCCAUGUCGAAGUACUACAAGCUCGGUUUGUACGACUAUGACUUUCGGCGUUGUGAGAGCGCGGAAGUGGAUGUUUAUCAAGGUAAACCCUUUUCGGAAGCCAUUUCGAAGGCAGACAGAACGGAAUUAAUGGAGAGUUUGCUACACACUUGACGAUGAAAGAGAAGAAAAAAAUAUCCAAUAUAAUGUAAUGUAAUAAACUAAAAAAAUAAAUAAAAAAAAUAAGUAAA